AUGAACAACCCUUCACAGUCGGUCCGGCUCAUCGAGAACGCCAUAGACAGAUUGAUUGCUUAUGGAGACAGGAUACAUGCGGUGUACCGAACGCAACACCCAGAAGAGAAAAGCAACCAGCUCGAAGUCGCUGCUUCUCAACGCAGUCUUCCCACUACUUCGCGUUCUCAGUCAUCAGAGAGAAGAACCUCUAUCUACUCUACGACGACUAAGGUGGCCGAAGUCCAGCCUGUACGUCCGGACGAUGAAGUUGAGACAGUAAACAAUUACUUAUAUACUGUGUCCAAAGGCGGCAGGAGAUGCACCAUACCGGGGAAGAUGUACUCGCGUCGCCUGCCAGACUCAUGGGUUGCCAUACGAUUUGUACUUUUCGACGAGGAUGGCGGUGAACUACUCAAUCUAAGAACCGAAAUUAGAGGAGAGCAGCUAAGAAACACAACCGUCAAUGGAAGAAACGCGGAGCUAGUUCCAUGAAAAAGCAAUCAUGAUAAACGUUCAGCAUCACAGCUUGAUUUUAGUCAAAACAUUUUUUGAAUAAAAUGCAUUUUGUGAA